AUGUCAAAAAUGUCUGGAGCUUGGCCAUUGGGUAGGCAUUAUAAUUAUAUUGGUGAAAGCGAUUCGUCGACCACCUCGUCGUCUAGCGUUAGUUCGAGCGCAGACAGUGAUAGCGGAUCAAGUUCCAGGGGUUCAUCUCGAUCAUCGUCCUCCUCAAGUUCAGACGGUAGUCCUGAGGGGAUAUAUUGCAUGACGUGUCAUUACGAAAGAGUCAAUAGAGCAAAGCGAGCGAAAGAGAGAGAACAGGCAUCCCAUCAGACACCAGCAUUCGAAAAGUCCUUACCAUCGUUGCCCGUUGAAGCCGAACCGAAACCAAAUAUGCUCGAACAUCCAAAUCAUAUCAUCCGUCCGAAGCGAUCAUUUGAACGCAACGCCACGACUACUCUCCCAACGGAGGCACCAAGGACUCAUGCGUUUCCUGUAUCUUCGGACUCGAAUUUCAAUCGUCGUCACUCUCGACUAUUUGAUCCCUCCUCGGUGGGUGACAUGUCGAAGCAGAAAACAUAUCCUGCAUCCAAAGCACUUGAACAGUUCGCGAGAUCCAACACACUCGAGAGGUCCGAUUCCUUGACCGAUAGGAGCAAGCUUCGUAGCGAACUUUCGGAACCUUCAAAGAAAGCGAUUCCUUUCUACAAAAAAAAUGAGUCAUCAGACAAUCUACUUAGAACGACAUCCAGGAACCGAGAGAUUAUCGAAAAUCAUUCGAGAAAUGCAUCGAUCACAAGUUCACGUAGUGAACCCUACGAUAAUUCUGGGCGCACUUUUUCGCUCACCAGCCUACGUAGCGAUGUAUCCGACAUCUUGUCGAGAAAGUCGCCUGCACAAAGUUCACAGGAACGCGAGGAAACGGACCAUUCGAACCGGAAACCCAGUUCUCUAUCACGAAAGUUUAAGCCAUCGGCCAUUCAACAAACCCAACAGCCAUUACCUCAUAUCGAGGAGUACGCAAUAAACCUUCAAGUGACUCCGCCAAUACUCGAUGAAUAUCCAUCCUUCUCUCGCACGCGUUCAAACUCACCCGCUACACCACGCUCCAAUUCCCCAAUCAGUCCAAGAUUCCCACCUUCUCCGGGUCACAAAGACAGUCGUAGCGGCAACAACACGUUGGACGUCGGUCCACCGGUGUUGCCGCCAUUGUCUUUCUCAAAUGAUGAGGAGGAAGAUGACCUGAUCAGCUUGGUGUCUAACGACAAGAUCGACACGGAUGAACAAAAAAGGAAGCGUCAAACAUUCUUGGGUGAACUAAUGAGUGACGAUAGUUCUAAACUGCGAAGUGGAUCCGCUACACCGGACUUCAUCGAGAAUUCAUCCAACAGUUCCUUAUCACCGGACAGGAAGAAUAGUGAAUCGUCGCUGGCUUCCUUGUCCAGUCGAGAGAACGAGGUGAUGGAACUUGAAGAUGUUUCGGUGGAAGAAUUGAAGAGACUAUUGAUUGACACGAAGAAAAAAUUGACCGAGGCGGAAAGGAAUUACAGAAAGAUAAAGAGAGUCAGUCAGAAGACGCUCGAUGAAAUUGGCUUAACAAGAGAAGAGUUUGAAAACGAAGUUUCUUUACGUCGGAAGGCAGAGAUCGCGGUUAAGAAAUUGAAAUCUCAAGUUGAACUCCAGAACCAAAAGUUAGAAGCGGCCAGAUUAGAUAGGGAACAGAUUGAACAGAUGAUCCAAGAUUCCAGAACUUCAAGACAACAAUUGCAGGAGUUGCAGAAUAGUUUGAAGGAGAUGGGUCUGCAAAAAGAAAUGAUGAUAAGAGAAAUCGAAUUGUUGGUCAUGGAAAAGCAAGCUGGCCUUGCAGGCACGAAUGCAUCGAGGGACCUUCCGGGUUCUUUCGCCAAACAUUUAUCAUCACAAUUCGAUGAGGUCAAACAAACUUACAUUUUCGAGAUCCGAUCGCUUCAAGAACAAAAAGACGAGUUAAAGCAGGAGAUAGAACAGCUUCAACGCACCAAGAAUCAGUAUAUAGCGGACGUGGCACACUUAAACGAGAAAAAUUUAGAGCUCGCCGAGAUGAAUAAUGAAUUGAUGCGCCAGAUCGAAUCACAGGGCAAAGGUAAAUCAGCGAAUGGAUUUAACUUCUUUAAAAGCAACCGACCUUCCCCCGGCCACGGUCACACGCCCUCGGAUACUUCUUCGAGUGUUAACCAAAAAGGACAUUCCAAGCAAGCAUCAUUGCACACUUUCGAUCCUGAGGGCCCCGAUGGUGCUCCGAUUGUGUCUUUGACGAAUGUCGCCCAUCGCAAUAGUAUUGGACGAGGUGCAACGCCGAAGAAAUUCAAAUGGAGGAAAGGUGGUAAAGUUUUGAAUAAAAUAUUUGCAAACGCCAACGCGGUGACCGACGGAAAGAUUCCAUACCUAGCUAAUUUUGGCCCGGAGACGAAUAGGAAAACGGGGAAUUCCUCACGAGUACAUAACUGGCAGACAUUUUCGUAUUUACGUCCCGUAAACUGCGAGCAUUGCCACGAAAAAAUAUGGAGUGAGGUGAAGUGUACAGGAUGCAACAUUACUGUUCACGUCAAAUGCUCUAGUAUGAUUUCCCCCACAUGCAGCGACGGUCGGACAUCCUACGAUAAUGAUUCGGAAACUGUUGUGAACGAGAACGGCGUCUCGAUUUUUGGGAACGACCUGACCAAACAAUCGGAAUUGGAAGGAGAAGAUGUCCCCCUUGUGGUGCAAAAAUGUGUUAAGGCCGUCGAAGCUCGAGGAAUGGACCUUGAUGGUAUAUAUCGAAAAUCCGGCGGUGCUUCGCAGUUGCGUGCGAUCAUCACGGCCUUUGAAAAUGGGGAAGAAUUUGACCUCGACGGUCCUGAUCAAUUCAACGACAUAUGCGCGGUCACUAGUGUUCUCAAGCAGUACCUGCGCGAAUUACCGAAUCCCUUGUUAACAUACGAACUAUACCCCAAUUUUCUGGAGGCAAUCAGCUUUGAGAAUGAAGAAGAGAAACUUGAAAAGUUUCAACAACUUUUGCUUUGCCUGCCAAAGGCUCACUACGACACCAUCAAGUAUCUAAUGUGUCAUUUAGACAGGGUUAAGCAACGAGAGGCCGAAAAUCUGAUGGGCUCCAAAAAUCUUUCGGUUGUAUUCGGACCAACAUUACUUCGCGGACCGAAUCCAAACACCGAAAUCCUUGAUAUGACCUUUAAGAACGCGGCGGUCGAAUUUAUUAUCGAGAACGCACAUGCAUUGUUUUCGAACUCCACUGAACGACGAAAGGAUGGAUUUAUAUAA